AUGGGCCUCCAUCGCGUUGCUCUGCUGAUUGCUGCAUGCGUGCUGGCUGCUAGUCUGUCUGUGGUCGACUCGAAGGCAGCGAUGGCGCCUAAGUUUGAAGCCUCGACCCCCUCCCUGCGGAAUGACAUCGCUGCUACGAGGUUACCGCGACCGAAGAAGAGAGAGGAAUCACUCUCAAAGUUCCUGUGGGAGAAAACCGACGAGAACCUCUACACCGUUUUCGACAUCCUGAAGCUCGAGAAUCUUGGCGGAAACCUCUUCAGCAGCCGCAAGUUUAAGCUUUGGAGUGAUUUCGCCGACAAGAUCUAUACGAAGCAUGGUGGGGCCCUCGGGGCCAGCAGCAGCAUGCUCAAGUGGGGGCGUCAUGCGUGGAGGCGGGGCGGACAGUGGCUAGUCCUCGGGCGGGGUGUUGGCCCUCGAGGCCAGCAGCAGGAUGAGGACGAGGACGCCGUGCAGGAUGGCGGCUGGGCCUUGGCUGGGGUGAUGGCCCUCGUGGUCAAGAAGCCGAAGCAGCAGCUGGAGCAGGAGAAGGGCGCUACGCAGGACGGCGGAGCGGCCGUGGUGUCGGCGGCUUGGAGUGUCCAGCGCCCGCCUGACCGCGCCGUCCAGUGGCCUUGCCAUCUCGAUGUGCCGCUGCAAAAGGGCCACUAUCGGUCGCCACUGGAAAAGGCGGGGUCCGAUCUGGACGCCGCCAGCCACACUAAGCAGCUUCGGAACUCGACGACUCGAGCGCUCGCUGUGAGCAACGCACAACUCACGUGCCAAAUUUGA